GUCCAAGAAUCUUUCACUUCCAGAAUGAGCCGAUUGGUCGCACUUAUUCUAUUCUUACUAGUUACUGAUACUUUUGCACAGUUUGGAGGGUUUGGCUCCAAUCUAUUCGGCGGUGGCUUUAAUCGCGGAUUUGGAGGAGGAUUUAAUCCAGGCUUCGGUGGCGGUUUCAACCGAGGAUACGGUGGAUUUGGCCGUGGAUAUGGUGGAGGAUUCAACCAAGGUUACGGCGGAUUUGGCCGAGGUGGCUACGGUGGAUUUGGACGUGGCGGAUACGGUGGAUUCAACCGUGGAUUUGGUGGAUUCAACAGAGGUUACGGUGGAUUCAACCGUGGAUUCGGCGGAGGAUUCAAUCGAGGAUAUGGUGGUGGUUUCAAUCGCGGAUUUGGAGGAUUCGGUCGAGGCGGAUACGGUGGUGGUUUCAAUCGUGGCUUUGGUGGCUUCGGCCGAUCCGGCUUCGGUGGCUUUGGAGGACCUGGAUUAGGCUUCUUUGGAUAA